AUGUAUCAGUCGUUAAAAAUUGUUCCUGAUAACAAUCAGCAUUCUUCCAUAAAUAGUACCAAAUUUGGUGAACCGGCAUCUCAUGCUCCAGGUUUGCAAGAUAUUUUAAAGACUCAGGAAGGUCCUUUGAACUUAGCAUCCAAGAUAAAUAACCGUCAUCCUUUAGAAGGAAGAAUCAGCAAUUGGGAAGAAACACAAUACCAAACUAGAUUAGAAACCUACAGAAGAGUCUUCGGUGCUGGAGAACCAAUCAAGAGAACUAUGGAAUUAGAAUUGGUGGAAGCAACUGAUUUCAAGCCUCAAUUGUUAGGCGGGCCAGACAGUAUGCACAAGGAUGUCUUGCUCAACAAGGACGCAAGCCUAGACUGGGAGGAUAUCUAUCGUGGUGGAUUAGAAAGCGGAAACCAUGUUCAAGAUUUCCACACUGAAAUGGAAAAGAAGAUGGGUAUGUAA